UAUAGGUGCCAUGACUGUCUCGGCGACCCAUUAUUUUGUUUGAAGUGCUGUAGAGAUGAGCACUGGAGACUGCCCUUCCAUAAGAUAGGGAAAUGGAAUGGGGGAUUUUUUGAGGAAAUGUCUCUAACUAAGAUAGGUAUGGAAAUUUAUUUGGGGCAUCAGAGAAAGCCUUGUCCAAUACUUGGGGAUAUCCACGAAUGGGAGGACACCGACGAGCCAAUAUAUCAACUGUCAAAGGACCUCCCUACCAUACUCGAACUUCCAUUCUUGAAUGGUAAGCAAUGCAUCACCAUUGUUGACAAGUCCAGAGUACAUUCGCUCAUAAUAUACUUUUGUCAAUGUCUGAACACUUGCACUGCUGACAAGCAAUUAUUUGAGAUGGGCAUGUUUCCGGCAUCCUUCACCCAGCCAAAGACUGCAUUUACCUUUCCAGUGCUGGAUGGUUUCACCUUUGACAACUUUGAAUGUGGAACCUUGGCAAUGAAUUACUACAACAAGUUGAGAAAAAAGACGUGA